AUGAUUCCCCUGGGGAUAGCCAACGUGCAACUCGACCUGCCCGGACACGGGUACUCGGAGGGCGAGCGCGCCUAUGCCACUCACUACUCGCAUUGGGUGGACGAUAUUUUCCAGCUGCUUGAGGCGAUUGCGGGAGGCGGCUUUACGUCUCCCGCGGCAGGAAAGUUCUCCCUUUCCAAGGGACAGCUCGAGCAACUCAAGACUGUGCCGAUAUUCUUGUCGGGAGAGUCGCUCGGGGGUGGGCUUUCCUUGUUCACGGGCUUGACGCUUUACGACAGACAGCACGCCUUGUUGCCGCGAUUCAAGGGAGUCUGCCUGAUGGCUCCGGCAAUCCAGGGUAACCCCCCCCCUGCCCCAGUGGUAGCGUUUCUGCGAUACGUCGUGGCCCCUGUCAUCCCCAAGUGGCAGAUACCCAACGCGCUUGAGUCAGUAAAAAACCCCACCCAAGUUUGGAAAACCGAAGAAGACCGAGCAAAGGCGGACCGAGAUCAGUGGGGAAACCCGGGAGCGCUCGGGUGGGGGCACAACAUGAAGUUCAACAUGGGGCUCAACAUGAUGGACAUGGUCGGUGUUGUAUACAGCCGCCUUUCGGACGUAAAGUUCCCGUUCCUCAUUAUGCACGACCCCGGAGACGCUAUUGUCCAGUUUGGUCCAGCGCGUGAGUUGAUGGAGAAGGCAGCCACUCCAAAGGAUGACCCAAGGGCGAGGGAGCUCAAAGAGAUGGACGGCUGGCUGCACGACCUCCUCACCAACUGCCCGGACCUUAUCAUCGGACACUUGACGGACUGGAUUGUCUACCAGAUAAACCGCGCGUAACCCCUGCCGCCCUCCACCGCCCGCGGCACACGGGAGUGACGGAGUCAGAACCUUGAACCCGGUCGGGUCGGUCGGCAGGCCAUCUUCCGCGUUUCGUCUAAGUGUCAUCCGAGGUUGGGCUGUGGCAGUUCGCUGGAAGAACCCUCCCUCGGCCAUUUGUACAUUUUGGGAUAAUUCUUCGUGUUGGAGGGAUGGGGCUCCGGGACACUACGGGUUGCUCUAACACCUCCAAGGAUCUGGUUGGUUUUCCGACGGGACAACCGCGCAUUGUGUUGGCAUGCAGCAGGAGAGCCAUGGGUUAAAACCCAUUGCAUCGGACCUCAAUCAGCGACAUUGAUCCGCACGUUAUUUGGCGAUUGCGUAGAUCGAGGGUACGUGUUACCUUAUUUCUAUGUGCGAACCCCCCCCCCGGAAAAGUAGGCAUCGACACUUGGAGGUUUCAUUGCAGCAAAUCAAUUUCUCCAUCGUCGCGCCCGUAUUAUGAAGAAAGUGACGUCAACACACACUGUUCGUAAACGUUGCUCAUCUUGCGGGUGCGUAUGAGGAUCAUAGUAGCUCGGUGAAAUCAACGUUUCAGCCGCACAUGUUAACAACCGGCACGGGAGGGUAGGCAUCGCAUAUCCUAGACGGGCCAUCGAGAGUACUCUGACUAAUCUGUACUUGAGUACCGUUGUUUUGUUGUAAAGAGUGGGCAGGUGACGCGCCGCGCUCGCUGUCCUUGUUGCUUGCGUUGUGAUAUCUAUCUUGUGUAUCUAGUGUAACUUAUGUCUG